AUGGAUGACAUACAGACAGAUUAUGAUGCUAAACCCAGCUUUACACAGAUCUUGGUAAUCUCAUCUAUUUGGUUGAUAUUUUUCAUAGCAUUGCGUUAUCAUCUCAAAAAGAUUCGAGAUCAAAAGAUCAUUUCGCGUUUAAGAUUAUCGCGUGCAGGUCACCCCCCAAAGCUUGAAAGAUUCUCUCAUUACGUAGCUAGGCAAAUGGGGUUCAAGGAUAGGAGAAUCGGUCCUGAUAUAUGUAGAUUGGCUUCUGAAUACAUAAGCAAAUAUGAAGGGUUUGAAGAUGAUAUAUAUUCCUAUUUUGAGAAUGAACCAGAUGCUGAUUCACUUUAUGUCAAGUUGGUGGAAGAGUUUGAGAGAUGCAUUCUUAGUUACUUUGGAUUUCAUUGGAACCAUUGUGACAUAUUGAUAAGUCAGGUUUUGAGCUCGGACAUUUCUGAGCCAAAAAAGAAGCUAAAGAACAUAGUUAUGGCUGCUACUAGGGAUCAAAGGUUCGAGAGAGUUGCCAAGAGUCUGAAGGUGGCUAGUGUUUUUAAUACAUUAGUGGAAGAGAUGAAAGUGAUGGGUAUUGCAGUAAACGAUGACUCUCAAUGUACAGAGGUAAUGGCUCCUGUGGCUCACAGUGAUAGGAGCCCGGUCCUUCUUCUAAUGGGGGGAGGUAUGGGAGCUGGCAAGAGCACUGUACUCAAGGAUAUUCUCAAAGAACCUUUCUGGGCAGGAGCAUCAGGAAAUGCCGUAGUCAUUGAAGCAGAUGCCUUCAAAGAAUCAGAUGUCAAUCCUUUUGCUGGUGAGAUAGUUGGUUUGAAAAGCAUAGCAGCAUACUAUUUUGGUUUAGAUAUCAAUACAAAUGUCACCAAAAUGGAAGCUGAAGAGGCUCUACAACAGGUGUUAUCUGUUUGGAAGCCCGUCUUGGUAGCAAACAAAAACCUUGUUGAUUACAUCUUCUUGAUAAGUUUAGAAUUUGCUCAAUCACAUGACUUGCUGUGA